AUGCUACGUCCCAGGCUGGAAUAUGCAGCAGUGGUGUGGUCUCCGCAUAUAAAGAAAGAUGUAAAGAAGUUGGAAAGAAUUCAGAGGGCUGCCUUAAGGAUGGUACUGGAGCUGAAAGACCUAACUUACAAAGAGAGGUUGAAGGAAAUGGGACUGCCAACUUUGCAAGCUAGAAGAGAAAGAGGAGAUCUAAUAAUGAUCUAUAAAAUAGUAAACCACAUUGAGAAGAUAGACAAGCAGGACCUGGUGUUGCUGGAAGAGGAUGAAGCUGGACAGAUGAGAGGGCAUUCAAAGAAGAUCAGGAAGAGUCAGUGUUUGAGGGGCAUCAAGAAACAGAUGCUGACUGGACUUGUCAUUCAGACACUUUUAUGUGUGGAUCCAUUCCCUGCGAGCCACUAUUUCCAACCCUAG